AUGGAAAGAUUAAAGAAGCAGCUGCAUCUAAACCAUGAAGUUCAUUUCACUCUUGUCUUUGUGUCUCAAUCAUCGUCUCCAGACUCUGAACAUCAGAACACAGAUGAGGUGACUUUACGCUGCUUUGUGCAGAGAUAUGGUCCAUGCAGACACACAGUGAAGUGGCUGAAAACUAACACACAGUCACAGAGUGACUGUUCUGCUACUGUGACGUUCACCACAUCUCAGCUUCAGACGCUUUCAGACUCACUGACGUGUGAAGUGACCGAUGAUGAGGGGAGGAAGGAGACGUUUCCCUUCAGACGAUCAGCGACUGCUACUGAACCAACACCUCCAGAACCCUCAGACGUGGUCUCCUCCACCAGCAGACGUGACCCAACCAAACCACAGGGCGACACAACAGGAACCAAAGCAUCAGCAGAGACAACCAGCACCGACCCAGACCCUCACACAGGUUUCCCUCAUGUGCUGAGGUCCAUCAUGGUGUCUGUGGCUUUAGCAGCGCUGAUCAUUUCUGUUGUUACCGUCAACAUGUGGACGAGAACUAAGGGUCAGAACAUUCACAGGAACAUUUGUGCUGUUAUUGGUUCUACUGACGCUGAACUGGACCCGAUUUGUCUUUGUCUCAUCAGGAAACAAGAAGCAGAUGGAAAAAAUCUGUGUAAGUUUAAGGUCUACGACCAGUUACAGAGUCCAUGACCUGGUCUGACUUCUGAUCAACAAAUGACACAUUAUCAAAUAAAAGAAUGAAUCAGUGCAGAAUGAAAUCAGGCUGAUGUAAUGGAAAAAUUGUACUUUAAUGCUUUUGUGUUCAUUUCUGACUCUGUAUAGUGACCAUGCAUUCUGUACUUGUUGAUUAGACCCAGAACUGAACAUUCUCAGACAGACAAUCUAUCUCCCUCUCAAGGUGACCGAUUGUUCAUGGCCUGAGUCUGCCUUUCAACCCUGGGCUCUGGCUCCUUUCUGUCUGAUGCCUCACCAGACCCAAGGCUGUAACCUUGUGUAUUCCCUGUGUAAUAUGAACAUCUUCACCAACAGUGUGAUAAGGAGAUUCCACCAGGUCCAGGGAAAAAGGUUAAAAGGCAGAAGCAACUUGAGGAUCGUGGGCUCUUUGCAUCACACCUCCGUGGUGUGUGCACUGAUCUCCCCAGCUGGUUUUCUUUUCUUUUUGAUUUGCUUUCCCCAUUACUUUUAUUUUCUUUAUUAUUUCAAUAAAUCGCACAAAAGGACAACUCUCUCAUCUGCUUCUUUAUGGAAAAUUUCCACCACAGCUGAUCUGAGUCUGAAUGAAGCCGACAACAGUUCAGUUCAACCACAGACUGAAGCUCAGCUUGUUGUU